UGGCUGCUGGUCCUGAGAUCAGCCCAGACCUCGGAUAAAACCAAGAGCUUCAGUCCCUUAGUAGUACUACUGCACCAGUACUACACCUUAUACUACAUCCUGUAGUCGUGCGCCGGGACUUUAUCACUCACUAACUGCAUGCAGAGCAUUUAGACUCUACAGCUCAUCCAAACGACAGAAAGGACUUGGAUUACGCUCUUAUUUUUUUUCCUUCCCCACCUUUCUCUGUUGCUGUGAUUGUCCUGUCCCAAAGGUGAUGGUAUCAUUUUGUAACAGAGCUCUCCAGUUUAGGUGAUGUUAUGCAUUUUUGGAGAUAGGGGCCACUUUUGGAAACGCGCUCAGUUUUCCGCAACGCAUUUAUUUUUUCACCACCAGCCAAGUUACCUUUGAAAGAUCCCUCCGUGUUCUGGCUCAAGCAUGGCUCUGUACUCUCGGUUUCUGGUCGUGCUGCUUUACGGAUGGAGCUAUAUGUGCAUUGGAUACUGCGCGAUGUUGAAAAAAGAGCAUUUCGCUGCGAGAAGAAAAGUGGAUUUUACGCAUACGGAUAAAGAGCAUCCCGUCAAGGAAGACCGAGAUCUGCUUUUACAGGAUACAAUGACGGAACACAUGCAGAUGCUUUACGCCAAGUACAACCAAGCUGGGUUCCCCUUCAAAGACGGCAACACAGUCCGCAGUUUCAAAGCGCACUGGGGUACUAUAAACAACAAGCAGCUGCAGAUUUUCAACCUCACCUCCCUAACCAAGUCAGAAGAUGUUCUGUCAGCCACUCUCCACUAUUACAUUGGGGACCUUCAGAACAGCACCCACAGCUGUUCCAGGUCCAAAAGCUGCGGGCGCCAUGGCCCCAGGAGACAUGGCCAUAUCCAAAUGGCAAUCUGGAGUUUUGCCUCUGUGGAUAACAACACCAGGACUCUGGGACACUUUGUCAUCAACGUGUCCAUGGUGUACAGGGACUUCAUAUCUUGGCAGUGGAAGGACAUAACACGCGUUGUUAAUCAGGCCAAACACCACGAUGAGCUGCUCAUUGGCAUCGACAUAGCCUCGCAAGGACCCAGGCCUUGGAAGACGCUCCUCUCAGACCGCUCGCCUUACAUCUUGGUCUAUGCUAAUGACUCGGCCAUUUCUGAGCCUGAAAGUGUGGUGACCACUCUCCAGAGGCACCACUCGGUGGCAGGAGAAGGUUCGCUGGCACCUGGCUUCCACAAACUGGGACUGCACGCACGUAAUAACACAGCACAGCAACACCUGCAGCCUAGACACAAGCGUUCAGUUAAUGUUCUGCUCCCACUACAAAACAACGAACUCCCUGGGCCUGAAUAUCCCUACGAGACAACGGGCUGGGAUGAGACCAGUCCGUAUGAACCGUUUGAAAACAAGCAGGCCCGUAGGCCGCGGAAAAAGACACGCAAGAAUCAGCGGCAUAAGAUGCCCCUGCUGCAGUUCGAUGAGCAGACCAUAAAAAAGGCGCGAAAGAAGCAGUGGAACGAGCCCAGAAACUGCGCACGGAGGUACCUUAAAGUGGACUUUGCUGACAUUGGCUGGAGCGAAUGGAUUAUCUCGCCCAAGUCCUUUGAUGCCUACUAUUGCUCUGGGUCCUGUCAGUUCCCCAUGCCAAAGGCUCUGAAGCCCUCCAACCAUGCGACCAUCCAGAGCAUCGUGCGAGCAGUAGGGGUCGUCCCGGGCAUCCCUGAGCCGUGCUGCGUCCCUGAGAAGAUGUCCUCCCUCAGCAUCCUCUUCCUCGAUGAGGACAAGAACGUGGUGCUGAAAGUCUACCCCAACAUGACCGUCGACUCCUGCGCCUGCAGAUAAUGUUUUUUUUUUUCUUCAUACCUGUUCAGACACACCUCAUAUCCUAUGAAAAAGUCUAUUCUUUCUUGUAGGAUUACGUACACUUACACGGUUCACGUCACAUACAACAUGCUGCCAAGAACACACACUCUCUCCUCCUGUUUCAUCGCAGUCACACAUGCAUCACUCAUUCUCAUGCAAACACAGACUCCGGACACACUUCUGUCUCUGGGAGGAGAGUACUGCCUGUUGUUCCAGGUGAAGAGGAGACUGUCGAACGAUCUGUUUGUGAGAAAGAAUGGGUCGAGUGCAUCGUCCUCAUAGAAGCAAUCUGGAGCGGAAACUUGUAAUCUCUGUGUUCCAGUUCCACCAUCACUGUCAUCAUCAGCAUCGCUGCUCAUUAUCUAUUGGAGGCUGACAGGGCAAAUGCAUUCAUGGGCUAAAUGAUCGUGAAAUACGAGUACCAAGCAGCUGACGCAGACUGAGGUGUGAUCUUAUAAAGGAGACAAAAACUGAAAGGAAAAAAAAAAACACUAAAAUUGCCUCUUUUUCUUCAAGUCAAAAACGUUCUCCCUCAGUUUGAACUGAUGACUUUGGGGUGUCCUUGUCAUCUCUCCUCCAUCAUAGCUUGAAGUUGCCUUUGACCGUUACCACAAAGUCACCUCUGCUCGCACUUGCAUGGUUUUUGUUACUAUGUGUAUGUAUUUAUGUCUGUACUAUCACUGUGUUACUCACUAUACAACAAAUUAUUGCAUAAUUAUUACCUUGGCUGCUAUAGAGAGACAUAUUAGAUUCCAAAGCCAGAAUUGUGGUGUAGACAGUAGAUUGCAUUACAUAUUUGUGUUUAGAUCACUGCUCCGUAAUUGUACAGAAGACACAUUUUAAGAAUCAUUUAUAUACUAAAGAGUAAGCUACUUGUCAUUUGUGUGGUUUUCAAAAAAAAAAAACAGUUGGAAAGGCCAGCCGUUCAAGGUGACCCAUACGCCAAGAUAUCACCCUCUCUGUGAAACUAUUUUGUUCAGUUUUUUAUAAAACACACUACACCAGCGUUGAUGUUAAGAAACUGUUUGCGAUUUCUCCAGGAGCUUAACAGUUUAUUUUGUAAGAAAGGGAUAAAGCAUAUCAAAAGGAGAAACUAUUACAUAUUAAACAAGGGCUGUCACCUUGAAUUUAUUAAAGGUAUAAAACCACAAGAGUCUAAAAGCCACUUGAUGUUUGUGAGGCAUGUUUAACCCUCUAUGGACUGGAA